AUGCUGAACCCCUUCGGACGCGCUGGCCCACCCGGGCCGCCACGGGCCCUGGUCGCUGCGGUCGCUGCGCGUGCGGCCCUGAUCGCCACAACCGCGCGCGGGCUCAGUGGGCGGGCGGUGCCGGGGCCGCCAGGCGCGCGGCGUCGUGACCCCGGCCCCCGGCGCGCCGCCACCACCGCUCCGGCCACCACCAGCACACUGCCCUCGACGCACCGGAGGCUGUCCACAUCGGCCCCCGGCAGUGUGUCGAUGGCCGAACUGGCGGCCGCGGCCGGUGCCGGGCCUGCCGCAGGCCGGACGGCUGCCGGGGGAUCUCCCCGGCCCGGGGCAUGGGGCCCCUCGACGGUCAUCUGGCCGGUGGCUCCCCGGCGCCUGGACGGCCCGGGCUCGGCGGGCCCCUGGGCAUCACACCUGGCCGAGGCACAGCGCGCCAUCAGCGGCCUGCCGCCGUCGGUGGUGGCGGCGGCGGCGGCGGCGGCGGCGGCGGCGACGGCGACGGCCAGCGCCGGGGCCGGACUCGGCGGCCCCGGCACCACGGACCUGCCCUCGGUCGAUGGACUCAUGGGGCUGGCAACCCCGGUGCAUGAGGCCGCUCGGUCGGCCAUCUCCUUCGCCGAGGAGACGAUCGAGGCGCGCACCACCAGCGGGUCCCUGGCCCCAAGUGACCAGGGCAAACGCCUGCCCGAGGCUCGGGCCCUCCUGGCCAAGGGGGACCACUGCUUGGCGGCCCUGUUCCUCGAGCUCCUCUCGGUCAGCGUGCUCCAGACGCGCAGCAUCCAGCAGCGUCUGGAUGUCGAGACGAAGAAGCUGUACGGCGAGCGCGCCGGAGCCAAGCUCCCCUCGGCCUUCGCCAGCGCCCUGUCGGGAUUCCAACAGGCGGUGACCAAUCUGCACGCCACGUCGCACUUCAUCCUCGGCAUCACGUCGACCGCCGGCGGCCCGAGUGGCAGCAGCAGCAGCAGCAGCAGCAGCAGCAGCAGCAGCAGCGGCGGCGGCGGCGGCGGCACCGCCCGCACGCAGCAGCCCGGCAGCGGGACCACCGGCAAGGCCACCGCCAACCGGGCCGCGACUCGGGCCCCCGGCGCUUCGAGCACCGGGCCAGGCGCCACCAGCCCCGGCCAGGGGGGAGCGUCCGCGGCACCGAUGCCGCUGCUGCUGCUGGACCGCAAGCGCUGCCAGCAGGUGACCGACACGCUGACCGCCAUCGCCGACGAACUGACGGCCUUCAUCCCGGCCCUGGCACGGGCCACCUCGCCGGAACUGCUCAAGGCCUACAGCCGCCGGGGGAUUCGCCAACUCCCCCGGGCCGACCGGAUGCAGCUGCUGGACGCGGCCACCGACGCGCGGGUGGCCAUCCGCCUGUAUGCGGAGCUGGCCCGGGCCACCCUGGAUACGUGGCUCCCCGGGCGCGAGUGCCUGGAGGCGGCCAUCGUCCUGCUGGAGGCCGAGCACUCGGCCUCCGGGGCGGCGGAGGCCGACUCGUCCGACUCGUCCGGCUCCGAGUCGCACACCUCGGACCAUGAGUCGACAUCCGGCGGCGAGUGGACCGAUGGCGAAACCGAGCGCCGCCAAGCGCAUGCCGGGCUGUCGGAACUUCGCCGGCAGCUGGUGGCCGCCACGGCCGGGCAGAACCCCAGCUUCAUCGGGGUCGUGCGCACGGACCUGGACACCCGGCGCCUCAUGCGAGCGGCCAUUCGCGAUGUGCAGGACCUUUGCUCCUUCUACUAUGCCGGGCUCUUCCCGGAUAUCAUCGAGCCGCUGUUGGACAUCGGCAGCCGGCAUUUCUCCACCGACCGGAGUUCCCUGCACACGGCCUACAUCCCGGCGCACUUGUCCUUCAUCAUCUCCGAGGUGUUGAAGAAUGCGGCGAAUGCCGCCUGUGACCGGGACAUCGAGGCCCACGAGCCGGCCCGGCGCUUUGCCCUGACCCAUGACAACAUUCGCCCGGUGUACUUCCGGCUGAGCCGGCUGACGGCCACCGCGGCCGCCCGGUGCCUGCCCAACUCGCCGGUCUUCGCGCGGGCGCGCGACCUGCCCGGAACCGCAGCCAAGGGCCCCGCCGCCGCUGGGGAUGCCAUUGCCGCGGCCGCCGCACAGUCCCUCCCCGAGGUGGUAUGCAUCCAGGUGGCCGACUCCGGCCAUGGGAUUCCCUCCAACAUCGACAAUGUCUGGGACUAUGGCUUUAGCUCGAGACCCAUCCACGAUAGCCACAGCGACGCGAACCAUUUCGCCUUGCAGGCACAGACCGGCAUGCAGUCCGGGUCCGGGGCCUCGCUGGCGGGCUUCGGCUUCGGCCUGCCCCUGGCUCGGCGGUAUGCGCGCUUCUUCGGCGGGGACAUCUUCGUCCGCAAUGGCCCCAAGUCCCCGUUCCCCGAGGAUAUCCUGCCCUCGCUGCCGGGAUCCGGCUGCCAUGUGGACAUUUUCCUGGUGGUCCCGGCCAAGAAGUGAGGAGGGGCCCCGGCCAGGGUCUCCUGCCGGCCUCGCCCGCCCGCCCGCC